AUGCGUAAUGAACUUCUGUCCAUGGCUGGUUUCUAUUGUGAAGAGGGCACCGUGUUGCCGAAACCAUGCCCUGCAAACACAGUGAGGGGUUCCCCGGGAGGCAGGCAGCGGGAGGACUGUGGGCCGUGCCCGUUGGGACACUGGUGCAUAGAAGCGAGUCGGUUCUGCACAUGCGUGUCAUUGCCCAGCGACGGCAACGACAAGAAGAACAAAGAAAUCGCUCGCUGCCACGAUCGCAAGAAGAUUGAAAGCAGGAAGGCGUUCCGGGGCGUCAGCUUACCAUUUUCUGGGAGUGGUACCAUCGUGUAUGGAGACUACCCGUGCCCGCCAGGGUACUGGUGCCCAGGUAUGAGUGACCCCCUGGCCUGCCCUGCUGGUACAUUGAGGACGGAGCCGGGUGCUGCUUCUGUACAGGACUGUGAGCACUGCCCAGCGGGGUAUUACUGCCCUGAUCCCACGGUAACCCUGGAGGCCAACACUAUGGGAAUCCCCUGCAGGCCCGGAUACGAGUGCCCACCCGGUGCUAUCAGUGAAUUUACCUGCAGAGCGGGGUCAUACUGUGCAUCGCGUACAGGAAUCCCGCCGCUUUGUCCUGGCGGAUACUUCUGUCCUGAGGGGUCAUCUACCUAUAACACCAGUGCGCAGCUCUGCGUGUUCCCCUAUUACUGCCCCCCCGGCAGCGCAUACAUGAUGUCCUGUACCGGAGGCACCGCAGCCGUUCCGCUGACCACACUGCGGGAUUCCGGAGAGACUUCCUGCAGAAAAUGUGAGGCAGGGACGUACCGGAGCGCCAGCGCCACAGAUUCUGAGUGCCGGCCUUGUCCAGCAGGAUACAGCUGCCCCGCAGGUGUGGAGAGUUACCAGCUCUACCCGUGCCGAGCUGGCUACUACUGCCCGUCCAGUGCCACAGCACCAGUCCCUUGUCCGCCUGGCACGUAUGGAAAUAGCACCCAGGGAAGAGAGCCGGGAGACUGCCACCUGUGCCCCGCUGGCACCUACAACCACCUGUCUGCUCAGGUGUCAUGUUUUCUCUGUGGAAGCUUCUCCUACUCUGAACCAGGUGCUCGGAGCUGCGUGUGCCGGGGGGUAAAACGCUCCUUUCAGGAGUCAGAUGGAUCCUGCAUCUGCCAGGCUGGCUUUGUCUUUUAUGAUGACCGGGAAAAGCAGAGAUCGGACAGCAAUAGCUACCUAGACUGUCAGCCUCAGGUGGAGGAACGCUGUUCCAGUGUUACAGUACGCCUGGCAUCUACAAAGAAGUGUGUUACCCCAGAGCAUCACGAUUGUACCCCGUAUUGCGGGACCCCGGGGGGAACGCUCAGCGCGGAGCUGGGAAUUUGUAACGUGGGCUGUUCUCAGUUGUCACGUGGGUGUUCUCAGUUGACACGUGGGGUGUUCUCAGGUGUCUUGUUUGUGUUGCGCAGGUGCCACUGUCUUCAGUAUGUUGCAGCAGAGGAACUGUGUGAUCGCUCCUGCCUGAUGAAGGCGCCCCGGGUAUCAAUGACCUUUGGACCCAACCUGCAGUUUCUACUACAAAUUGAGGAAUCUGAGAAGAGAAGGAGCAGGAAAGUGGAGGUGGUGAAUGUCCUCGGGCCGGACCAGCACGUGUGGAGCAGUGAGCAGGUGCACCUUGCGCUGUUUGGCCCCGCGGGAGUAUAUGGUGUAAUACUGUCCAGUGCACAGGUCAUCGAAGCCUUUCUUACAGUAGGCUCGUGGUCAGUACCAACACCGAGGAAAGCACGGGAUGGAAAUCAGGGCGCCACGUGGGCAAACACCGGAUCUCUGCCCAGGAUCCCAAACCCCAUCCUGUGUCUCAGGCGGGGCGAUGUUGUCCUGUUCCAGCUCAGUGUCCCACCGAACGAGCGGGUGUCCGGCCACUACCCAGUGUAUCAGAAAGACCACCUAUAUAAUACCAACCCACACUGGGACUUUGGGGCCUUCAGGAGACUGGAUCAUCUUAUCAGGGAGACCAACGUCAAUGUUUCCAGAUUCGCUCACGUGUUUGGAGAUCCCGGUACAUACGUGUUCGUGGACAAUGGGAUUAGGGAUCGCUCCCUUUUUGUGACCGUUAAAGAAAAUAAUGUUUGUGACCCCGCAAUGUCACACGUCCAGCCAUCGUCCCCAUCUCAGCUUAUCAAACAAGGCAUAAUAACCCAGUACAAACUCAACCUGGUACCCAACUGGCCGGUUAUCAUAGGGGUUCUGCUGCUGCUACUCCUAGUGAUGGUGGCUCUGAUCCUCCUAUCCGUGGUGCUGAGACCCUCCCUGUACAGUCCCAGCCCCCUGCAAAGCUGGAAGCCCAGGUGGAGGAGUCUGGGAGAACCCUACAUCCCCCCGGAACACGUGCUCACAAGAGACAGCCUUCAGUUUUACCAAGCGAUUGGGUGUCACGGUUCUGGAGAGCGGCUGGAUACUGGGGAAAAGGAAAUUGCCUAUGGAUUAGAUCAGAGAGGCACAGCGCGAGACUUGGAGGAUUUCAGCGUGCGGACUUUGUUUGACAAGCUGGAAGAUCAGACUCUUCAUAUGACGUCUCAGCUGGGGAGACACAGGAAUGAGACCCUCUCCUUCUAUAAGGCCUUUAUACACAGGAUCCAGGUGCUGAAGGAAAUGUUGCAGAGCCUAGAACUCGGUGCCAGUAAAGGCUUUGAACGGAGGAAGAUUCCGCUAGAGGGUGAAAAAGAAAAUACAGGAACCGCCAUCACUUCUCAGCAGAGUGAGGGUUCCGGCACAAACAUGAGCGGGACGUUCUACACGGAUCUGCCUCAAGAUGUCACCACCGUCAUCGGCCUCAUCAAGGACGGGGACGAAUCGACCUAUAGAAGGGAAGUAGACCGGUUGGCCCAAUGGUGCAUCCACAACAACCUUGAGCUCAACCUCCUCAAAACUGUCGAGACGAUAGUGGACUUCAAGAAGAAGUCAUCUAGUGCACCUCUGCUAACGAUUGCUGACAGUGUGGUAUCGCUAGUGGACUCCUUCAAGUUUCUAGGGACUACAAUCUCCCGGGACCUUAAAUGGGGGUCCAAUGCAGACGCCACUGACGGGAAAGCGCAGCAGAGGUUGUUCUUCAUCAGACAUCUAAGGAAGUUCAACAUCCCACAAAAGCUUCUGCUCCUCUUCGACUUCCGGGGACGCAGGAGGGAGCCGCACACCGUUACCUGGCCCUCUGGUGCUCUGCCUCUUGGGGGAUCUGUGGAAGGCACAUCCUCUGGCGCUGCUGUCUCCUGCAGGCACCUGGGACCGCUGGGGCCACCUGGGAUUGGUGGGGUCGGGAGGAGCCCGGAGGCAGUCUUGGAGGGGACCCCCAGCCGGCACCGGGACCCGGGGACGCACAUCGCGACCCGCAGCGGAAGGUCAACGAGCUGCCGAAAGGAGACAUCGGGGACACCACCUUAUGCUGCGAACCGGCCUCUGCCCUUCCCCGUCAGUGCUGGUCCCUGCCCUUGCACGUCAAGCUACUGUGGGACGGCAGGGCUGUCACUAGCCCCAGACACCGCUAGUUGA